AUGAAGCAUUCGGGACUCCAAAGAGAAGUCUUAUCCCUAUACCGAACAUGUCUUCGAGAAAGCAGGAAAAAGCCAGCCAACACGAGACUGCAUUUCGAGUCGUAUGCGAGGACCGAAUUCGAAAAGAGCAUUGGCCUGGACAAGAAAGAUUUUGGUGCCAUAGAAUACCUUCUCCGCAAAGGCCGGAGACAGGUGGACAUGUAUUCUGCUCCAGGAAUUAGAGAUAUUCAAUAA